UGAGAUGCUUCUCUUCAGUCACUCCGGCCUGCUGUGUGACUUCUGAAAGAAGAUUCAGUUACAGAAUCAGUUGCUAGAAGGAAUAGUCUAAGGGUAGACUAUGGAGACUGUAGCCAGUAUCCUCCGGAUAGUCUUAUUUUUUUUUCUUAUAUCAGAUAAGAAUACACCCAGUACUGAAACUGCACUGAGGUGCCAAUACAGAAGAGACAUGAAUUACUUACUGCCAAUAAUGAUACUAGUUGCUGUACUACAGGCAUGCUGUGCACAGAAAAUUACAAGAUUCACAGCUUGCUUGAUGGGUCGUGGCCCAACACUGAGGUUAGACUGCCGUUAUAUGAACAUUACCAACAAUCCAUUGCGCUAUGAAUUCAAGCUGAAACGUAAAAAGGAUCCAGAGACCAUUCUUAGUACCAUAAACCUUAAUCACUUCAACGACAAAUACCAUAACCGAGCCAGUGUAUAUACAGAACGUGGCCUGGUUCAGCUGCAUAUUGAGCGCUACAAUUCCUCCGAUUUAGGCCAGUAUUCUUGCACUUUAAACAUUCCUGAAGACCUCACCAUCAACCAAACAGUAGCCAUCAAUGUUAGUAAAGAGAGGCUGGAAAGAUGUGCUGGAGUCAGCAUCCUCUCCCUUAAAACAUCAUGGCCUCUGAUUUCACUCCUCUUCCUGCCCUUACUUCAAGCUGGUGGAUUCUUUUAAGAUCGGUCAACACUUUUAUAGAUGCUUUAUUAUGAUAUUGGACAAGAUGAGAACUGAAUAUUCCUGUGUUCACUUGUUUUAACUGUCCGAAGAUCAAUCCAUAUUAAAUAAAUCAGGUCAAAGUUGUGCAAAGGUAA